AGGAAAGCAGAGCUGGCACGGCCGUUGAUGGCAGACAGAUAAAUUUAGUGAAUAUAUUUCGGCUUGCCUGUGCGUCGGAGGAAGAGUCGUCGCGAGGGCGACUUCUUCCCGUAGCUAAUGCCCGCGUGCUCCGCAGAGGGGGAGCGUAUGCGGGCGUCAUCGCUGCUGUCCUGCGCACGGGGCGCUCGAAGCGGAGGAUCCUGUGUCAAUGGACCGCGGCGUUUUUAGUUUCUACAACAAGGGAGGCGAAUAAAGCAGCUACGGAUCAUAUCCCCGCGGUGAAUGGGUGGGGGGCGACUGCGCUCCGACGCCGCUCGUAAACGUCAACCGUUCCUGUGAGGAUCUGUGUCGAAGACGCCGUCAAAGAUGUCGACCAGCAGCCCCGAAGCGGUGAAGAAAUUGCUGGAGAACAUGCAGACGGACCUGCGGUCUCUCUCCAUGGAGUGCAAGAAGAAAUUCCCCCCUGUCAAGGAGGCUGCAGAGUCUGGCAUUGUGAAGAUUAAAACCAUCGCAGCCAGGAAAACAGACAUACUGGCAGCACUGAAGGAGAACAGCUCAGAGGUGGUGCAACCUUUUCUGAUGGGCUGCGGCACCAAAGAGCCAAAGAUCACCCAGCUGUGUCUGGCUGCCAUUCAGAGACUCAUGUCUCAUGAGGUAGUGUCUGAGGCGGCUGCAGGGAACAUCAUCAACAUGUUGUGGCAGCUGAUGGAGAACGGUUUGGAGGAGCUGAAGCUCUUACAGACGGUACUGGUCCUACUGACCACCAACACGGUUGUUCAUGAUGAAGUCCUCUCAAAGGCCAUCGUGUUGUGCUUCCGUCUCCACUUCACCAAGGACAACAUCACCAACAACACGGCGGCCGCCACCGUCAGACAAGUCGUCACCGUCGUCUUUGAGAGGAUGGUCGCCGAAGACGAGAGAUUCAAAGGCAUCGCAGAGCAGCCUCCUCCCGUCCAGGGAAACACCAACCGGCGCUCUGUCAGUACCCUGAGACCCAGCGCCAAGGACGCUUACAUGCUGUUUCAGGACCUGUGCCAGUUGGUGAACGCUGACGCCCCCUACUGGCUGGUGGGAAUGACAGAAAUGACCCGAACGUUUGGCCUGGAGCUGCUGGAGUCGGUUCUGAACGAUUUCCCCGGUGUUUUCUUACAGCACCAGGAGUUCAGCUUCCUGCUGAAAGAGAGGGUGUGCCCUCUUGUCAUCAAGCUCUUCUCGCCCAACAUAAAGUUCCGGCAGGGCACCGGCGCCGCCGCUCCACCAGCACCCGUGGAGAAACCCUAUUUUCCCAUUUGCAUGAGGCUGCUGCGAGUGGUUUCAGUCCUCAUUAAACACUUCUAUAGCUUACUGGUGACUGAAUGUGAGAUCUUCCUGUCUCUGCUGGUGAAGUUUCUUGACGGGGAAAAGCCUCAGUGGCUCCGAGCCGUUGCUGUAGAAUCAGUCCACAGACUGUGUGUGCAGCCACAUUUACUAUGUUCUUUCUGUCAGUCUUACGACAUGAAGCAGCACUCCACCAAGGUGUUCAGAGAUAUCGUUAACGCUCUGGGAUCCUUCAUUCAGUCCCUGUUUAUUGUCCCAAACGCUGGCAACGCUGCUGCUGUCAGUGCGCCUGCUGGUGGGUUGGGUUCAGGGACGCAGGGCACGGCUCAGGCUGUUCCGGGCACAGGAGGGGGCGGCGGCACCUUGACUACACAGGCCGCGUUUGAAUACCGCGGCACCUGGAUCCCCCUCAUGACUGUUAGUGUCCAGGGCAGCGCCAAGGCCACCUAUUUAGAGAUGUUGGACAAGGUGGAGCCUCCAUCCAUCCCAGAGGGCUACGCCAUGUCAGUGGCCUUCAGCGCCUUGCUGGACCUGGUGAGGGGCAUCACCUCCUUGAUCGAAAGAGAGCUGACCGCGGAGGAGGAGGCAGCUGCAGAGUUCAGGGAGACUCACCCUGAGCAGGAAUGGAAACCAGAGCCAGGGGCCCACUUGGUUUGGGAGGAGAUGGUCAACGCCAGCUGGUGUGGUCUCCUGGCUGCCCUGUCUCUGCUGCUAGAUGCAAGCACUGACGAGGCGGCAACGGAAAACAUCCUGAAGGCGGAGAUGACCCUGGCGUCGCUGUGCGGUCGCCUGGGCCUGGUGACGCCUCGCGAUGCCUUCAUCACGGCCAUCUGCAAGGCCUCUCUGCCGCCCCACUACGCUCUCACCGUCCUGAGUAGCAACACCUCUAACCUCUCCAGCAAAGCUUACUCCAUCCAGGGCCAGAGCGUGCAGAUCAUCAGCCCCUCCAGUGAGUCUCAUCAGCAGGUGGUGGCCGUCGGGCAGCCGCUCACCGCUCAGCCGCAAGGCACCGUGGUGCUGACUGCCAAGAACAUCCAGUGCAUGAGGACGCUGCUGAACCUGGCUCACUGCCACGGCGCCGUGCUGGGGACAUCGUGGCAGCUGGUGCUGGCUACCCUCCAGCAUCUAGUUUGGAUCCUGGGGCUAAAACCAGCGAUGGGUGGAGCCCUGAAACCGGGCCGAGCCGUGGAGGGACCGAGUACGGUGCUGACCACAGCAGUUAUGACAGAUCUGCCCAUCAUCUCCAACAUCCUGUCCCGACUAUUUGAAAGCUCACAGUACCUCGAUGACGUGUCUUUACAUCACUUAAUCAACGCACUCUGUUCCCUCUCUCUGGAGGCCAUGGAAAUGGCUUAUGGAAAUAAUAAGGAGCCGUCUCUGUUCGCCGUCGCUAAGCUGCUGGAGACUGGCCUCGUCAACAUGGACCGCAUCGAGAUCCUGUGGAGACCCCUGACAGGACACCUGUUAGAGGUCUGCCAGCACCCGAACUCCAGAAUGAGAGAGUGGGGAGCUGAGGCCCUGACGGCGCUAAUCAAAGCCGGGCUCUCCUAUAAACACGACCCUCCGCUCGCCCAAAACCAGCGGCUGCAGCUGCUGCUGCUGAACCCCCUGAAGGAGCUGUCCAACGUGUUACACGCUGACAUUCGGCAGAAACAGCUGGAGUGCGUCCUUCAGAUAUUGCAGAGUCAGGGCGACAGCCUCGGUCCCGGCUGGCCCCUCGUGUUGGGCGUCAUCGGCGCUAUCCGCAACGAUCAAGGCGAAUCGUUGAUCCGAACAGCCUUCCAGUGCCUGCAGUUGGUGGUGACCGACUUCCUCCCCACGAUGCCUUGCACGUGCCUCCAGAUUGUGGUGGAUGUGGCCGGCAGCUUCGGCCUUCAGAACCAGGAGCUCAACAUCAGCCUUACUUCCAUCGGCCUGCUGUGGAACAUUUCCGACUACUUCUUCCAAAGAGGGGAGGCCAUCACCCAGGAGCUGGAGAGAGAGGAGGAGGCGCUGCAGAAGCAGGCGCUGGAGAAAGGCGAGACGCUGAACAGGCCGUUCCACCCCGCCCCUCCCUUCGACUGCCUGUGGUUGUGUUUGUACGCCAAGCUGGGCGAGCUCUGCGUCGACCCGCGGCCCGCCGUACGCAAAAGUGCAGGCCAGACGUUGUUCUCCACCAUCGCUGCCCACGGGACCCUGCUGCAGCAGCCGACGUGGCACAUCGUGGUCUGGAAGGUUUUGUUCCAGCUGCUGGACUGUGUGAGGACGUCAUCCACCACAGCGGACAAGGAGAAGAUCGAGUCUGGGGGCGGGAACAUCCUCAUCCACCACUCUCGUGACACUGCCGAAAAGCAGUGGGCAGAAACGUGGGUGCUGACGCUAGCCGGGGUGGCUCGCAUUUUCAACACCAGGCGGUAUCUCCUCCAGCAACUAGGGGAUUUCUUCGAGGCCUGGGAGGUUCUGUUGAACCACAUCCAGUCGGCCGCCCUCAGUAAAAACAAUGAGGUCUCGCUAGCCGCUCUCAAGAGCUUCCAAGAAAUCCUGCAGAUCGUCACGCCGGUCAAAGACUCGGACAAAGCAGGGGACGCGCUCGCCGCCAUGGGCGUGCCCCCGGUCCUGAUCGACCCGCUCUCCGCCUCCGGCCCUGGCAGACCCCUGGUACGGUCAGAUUCGCUAGUCGAGAGGCUGACGAGGUAUAACGGCGCUGAGCUGCAGGCGCCGCCGCCGGGGGAGGAGUCUGCGCUGGAGGACUCGACGCUGUGGUGGUCCGCGUGGAACACAUGGUACCGAGCGGGAACGGAGAGCACGAGGCCCCCCAGCGGCCUGGCCGAGAAGCUGGCCUUCAUCCCGAGCCAGCCCUUCCUCACGGCACUGAUCCAGAUUUUCCCGGCGCUCUACCAGCACAUCAAAGCUAACUUCAGCAUGGACGACCUGAAGAAGCUGGGGGUGAUCCUCCACGGCGCCGUGUCUGUGCCUAUAAGCAGCGACGCCUCGCCUUUCAUCCUGCCUUCCUACACAGAGGCCACGCUCACUAGCCUGCAGGAAGCUGUGCUCACCGCUCUGGAUGUGUUGCAGAAGGCCAUCUGUGUGGGCCCUGAGAACCUGCAGGUCAUGUACCCGGCCAUCUUUGAGCAGCUGCUACUUUUCGUGGAGUUUUCCUGCAAGCCUCCUCAGUACGGCCGGGUGGAAACCAAACACGUGGCCAACGCUAAAUACAACCAGAUCCAGCUGUUUGCACCGGCAGAGUGGGUUGCCUUAAACUAUGUGCCCUUUGCUGAGCGCUCCUUGGAGGUGGUGGUGGACCUUUACCAUAAAACGGCGUGCCACAAAGCUGUCAUCAACGAGAAGGUUCUGCAGAAUAUCAUCAAGACUUUAAGAAUGCCGCUGGGUUUGAAGUACGCCUGUCCGUCGGAGAGCACCUGGAAGCUCGCCGUGUCGUCUCUGCUCAAGGUGCUGUCCAUCGGGUUGCCUGUUGCGCGCCAGCACGCCUCGUCUGGGAAGUUCGACACCAUGUGGCCGGAGUUGGCCAACGCCUUUGAAGACUUUCUUUUCACCAAAAGCGCGCCUCCUGACAAUCUGUCCAUUCAGGAGUUUCAGCAGAACGAAUCGAUCGAUGUUGAGGUGGUCCAGUUGAUCAGCACAGAGAUUUUACCAUUUGCCAAUUUCAUCCCCAAAGACUUUGUCGGUCAGAUCAUGACUAUGCUCAAUAAGGGGUCCAUUCACUCCCAAGCUCCCUCGUUCACAGAGGCUGAGAUAGACGUGCGGAUGCGGGAAGAUUUUUCGAAGGUGUGCUUCGAGACGCUGCUCCAGUUUUCCUUCAGCAACAAGGUGUCCACCCCUCAGGAGGGCUACAUCUCUCGAAUGGCGCUCUCUGUGCUCCUGAAGAGGGCCCAGGACGUCCUCCGGCGCUACGUGGAGGACGAACAGUUGAGCGGACGCUGUCCGUUACCGAGGCAGCAAGUGACGGAGAUUAUCUUCGUUUUGAAAGCUAUCAGCACCUUGAUGGACUCGCUUAAAAAGACUCAGCCAGAAAACGUGGAUGGCAACACAUGGGCUCAGGUGAUCGCUCUGUAUCCCACGCUCGUAGAGUGCAUUACCUGCUCUUCGUCCGAGGUGAGCGCAGCCCUGAAGGAGGCCCUGGGGCCCUUCAAAGACUUUAUGCAGCCUCCCGUCUCCAAAGUCCAGAACGGAGAGUCCUGACCGGACUGACUCUUACACUCCAUGUUUUUAUAAUAAUGAAGAAAUCUUGAAUCUGGAUUCUUAUCCCGGGGUGCUUCACAAGUGCUUGCACAUGAACUCCAUUUACGACGAUGCGAAGCAGCUCCCCGCCCCCCACAGAGAAGGCCAGACGACUCCAGACUUAAUAUGCAUCAUUGUGUGCUUUUCAUACGAGCUAAUGACACUUAAACCCCUCCGCCUCCAUUCACCUUCAGGCUGGCAGCAGUUGCCUGUCGACUACAGAAAUAAAAGAGAAAGUUGCAGUGUUGCUCUUGGGUUUGGUUUGUUUUAUUCUUCCGGAGACGCCGCAUUGAUGUACAGUGAUUAUGUUCUUAGGAAAAGAAAGUCAGAAAAUGAUCUUACAAAUGGAAAAACACAAAUUUAUUUAUUUUUUUGUUUUUUUUUCCACCAUUUCCAGCAAUGAAGUUCUUUCAAAAUGUUAUGCAAAUAAAAAGAAGAAGAAAAAAAAAACUUCCCCAAAUCUUUUAACAUUCCAUGUCACCUUCAGCCGGCCAUCUGAAAAGGGAUGUACAUGACUGUGUGAAAUAAACGGGACAUUUCUCCAA